AUGGAUUCUUCAUUGCAUGAGAUUUGGCAAACUGCACCCGGCAGUCCAUUUCUCCCCACCGUAGGAAAGGGUAGCCAAUUCCUAGUUGGAUUUGUCCUCCUUUUCCUCGGCCUCUCCCUGACCGGCGCAUUCGCAUUGAACCGAUCUCUCGUGAACCUUCCUAUCUACGGAGUCCCUGCCUCGUUGGCCGUUGCAUUUGGCACGGUGUACAUGUUCUGUGCAGUUGGAGUUUACGUCUAG